AUGUCAAACAUCCCACAGGAGCUAAUCUUUGACAUCCUUUCACGGCUUGAGUCGAAGGAUUUGAUCCGAUACACGUGUGUUUCCAAAGCUUGGUAUGCUUUGAUCCACAACCAAGACUUCAUCAAAGCGCAUCUUCAACUCUCCAUCAAAACCAACUCUACUCGCAACAUUUUAUUCCAUAAUCGUCGUACUAAUUAUACCUUAGAUUUCCUUUCAUUGCCUUUUGACAACGAUGAGAUGCUCGGGACAGCCACGAAACUCGGGAGUCCGAUGCCGUCAAAAUACUCAUGGGAUAUAGUUGGCUACGCCAAUGGUCUGGUUUGCCUACGCAACUAUAUGGAAGGGGGUAUUGCUUUGUGGAACCCGUCAAUUCAAAAGUUGAAGAAGAUUCCCGAACCGUACGCCCAGCUGCCACCACCAGAAUUAGACUACGGAUUCGGGUACGAUUCAACCAAUGAUGACUAUAAACUAGUGCAGAUUGUGGAGCUUGCUAAUGAGGAAGACAUUGUUGUGAGUCAUCAAGUUAGGGUUUAUAGCCUAAAAGCCAACUCAUGGAAAAGGAUCCAGGACAUUCCUUCCAGUGGUUAUUAUGUCUUCUCAGUAGGUUUUUGUGACAUCGUGUUUCUCAAUGGUGCUCUAGGUUGGCUGAUGUGUGGCGAGUUAUUAGAUCCUCAGUGCAAAAUCGUAACCCUUGAUCUUGCGAGUGAGAAAUAUCGGGUGUUUCCCAUCCCAGUGGAUAACAUUGAAGAUCGUUAUAUGCCGGACUUAAAGAUCUUGGGAGACUAUCUGUGUAUUUGUCUUAAUUUCAGGUCUCGAAGGGAUGUUUGGAUUAUGAAGGAAUUUGGAGAGACAGAAUCGUGGAGCCUGCUUUAUUCUAUUGACAGGCAACCGAAUGUUUGUGUGAAGCCUUUGGCUUUUUCAAAGAAUGGCGAAAUGGUUCUUUUGGAAAUGCUGGGCAACGAAUACAGUAGGCUUUCUUGGUAUGAUUUGGAGAAAAAGAGUGUCAAACAAGUUGAAAUUAGUGGUCUGCUUCCUUUGCGUUAUUACUUAACAACCGUCUGUUGGGGGAGCCUUUGUCUUCUUGAUGGCGAUCCUGUUAUUGCUAAGAGCUCUAACAAGAGGAAAACGUCAAGCUCUAAGAAGAGGAAAACUUCAAGCUCUAAGAUGAGGAAAAUUUCAAGCAUCGUGAAGCCUUUCAAGCUCUGGUAG